AGAUUCCUUUAAGACAAACACUGUAAUGACUUUGAUGUAUUACAUAUGCACAGAAAAACUGUCGUAACUGUCCAAUUUUCAGCUUUCAAAUGGUGUCAAGAGGUCGAGCCAUGGAGGUGGUUCAUUCAGGCUGUGAGAGAGGAACUGAAGACAAGAAGAUUUCCUGAUGGCAACAUCUAGAAGAAAGAAACACUGCACUGCCUCCCGCUUCAGGGAGAGACAGCAGACAGCAAGCGACAGGAGAUUCUGUAUCAUAUGGAUCAACAGAAUGGUGCAUAAACAGGUGGAGAAGGAAAUUGCGGAACUGCGUAAAGAAAUUGUUCUCAUGAAUUUUGAACUGAGAGUGCAGAUGGCAGCCGAGCUUAGGAAGCAUCUGGGAAAAGCAGUGGUGACACAAACGAGAGAAACCCCUGAACCUUACUUAGCAUCUGAUGCCAAGGAGAUGGAAACAAGGCAUCUUAAAGAGAACGAGGGAAAAGGAAAAUCGUUGAGGAAAGUAGAGUUCAACUCUAAACAUUCAAAAACAAAGUCUUCUGUUAUGCCCUAUCCAAACCACAUCUCUCCAAAACCAGAUCAAAGCUCCAGGAGGUUUUUAAGUAUGUCUAGCAAAUGUGAUUUGGUGAAUGGAGACAUCAGACAUACAAAAAUCAAGCAUCUCCCUGGUGAAGAUCAUAGUUCAUCACAACAGGCCCAAUGUGGGGCAAUUUCUCCAUCAGGUGACCCUGCUGUCUAUGACAACUGCAAGCUAACAGAGAAAUCAGAUGAGAAAAAUAGCGCCAAAAAUCCCUCCCAAAUGUCUACAGUCAGUGAGGAGGAAAGCGUUGGGGAUAAAGCAGAAGCGGAGGAACAUAUGCUGACGAAGGCACAGUGGGAGGAGUGGCUGGACAAGCAGGAAAUGAAAGGCAACCAAACACAUGAACAUCAUAGAAAUGUUCAACAAAAAGCAAUGGGUCCUUCUGCACCAGAGGAACAAAUAACAAGAAACAAAUCUGGACAAAUGGGCACCAUAAAGAAAAUUACAACAUAUCUUAGUGAUUUUUUCAGUCCUUCUGAAACAAGCAAGUGGGAGAUACUUGAAGAGGAGGACUGACCCUCAACACCCCAAAGAUUACUCUAUUCUCUCAAUGCUAUGCUCCACAUAAACCUCAAGUUACUUAAUAAAUAAUGGAAACAGCCA